GGGCGGCCGGGGACUUGGGGACGCGGGGGCGGGCGACGCGGCGCGGGGCUGAGCGCCCCCUGGGGACCGCGGCCCCGCUCGGGCUCUGCCUCGCCUGAGCGCACGGCCGGCCGGUUCCAGACUUCCCGGGACUGGGGUCCCGCUGGAUGUUGCUUCAUCGUGUCCUCUCCGUGGUGAAGCCGUCACCCGACAGGGGCGGCGUUUGCUGCGAGCGCCGCUCUCGGACGGGCCGGCUGCCUGCGCCUGCGUCCGGUCCGCGGUGGGCUUCGCGCGUGAGACGGCUCGGUGCCGGUCCGCUCGGUGCGCCGGUCUGCGGUGUGCGCCGGCGCGCAGGCGGGUGAGGCGCUCUCGGGGCCGCGUCCCCAGAGUGGGUCUUUGUGAAGGAGAGGACCCUUCCUGAGAGAAGGGGAAAGGAGGACGCUGUUUUAAAUGCAGGUCAUUUCUCAGGCAGAUGUUUUAGCAGAGAAAAUAUGUCAGAAGUUAAGGCGCACAAGGUUGAUUCUUUUAAAUGAUCCUGCCUUGGUUCCCUUGGGCGGUGGUCGCGUGAGCAUCCCUCAGUGAGACGAGUCCUGUGAAGUGCAGGUGCAGCGCUGUGCCGGAGGACGCUGUGUGACUUGAGGAGCAAGUGGAUAUCCUCUGAGUCUCAGCCUCCGCCGCUUUAAAAUGAACAUUAACAUGUUUUGUGUCGAGAAGCCUGGUUUUCAGCACAGCUGGGACAGAUUGCACUUCUUUUCCAGUUUCUUGACUUGAAACCUUACCUUAUUGAUUUUAGUUCUUUCUUCUCUACUGAUAGAAGCAUUCAGAGCCAAGUUUCCCUCUAAGCAGUGCAUUAGCUGCUCCCCGUGAAUUUGGGAGCCAUGGCAUCUUUGAGGCUUUUCUCAGCAAGCCCCCGGGCCGUGUUGGAGGGUCUGGGAUGCUGGACCUUGCGGCCCGCCUCCCCCCGGCUGUUCUCGCUCUGCUGUGUGGACUGCGCCAAGCACCAGGGAUCCCCCGGAAAGAAACUGCUCUCUGAGAAAAAACUGAAAAGGCACUUUGUGGACCACCGCCGCGUGCUUGUCUGUGGGGGGCGCGGAGGCGACGGGGUGACCUGCUUCCACAGCGAACCCCGGAAGGAGUUUGGAGGCCCCGACGGUGGCGACGGAGGCAGCGGCGGCGCCGUCAUCCUGAGAGCUGACCGACAGGUGAAGUCGCUGUCAUCGGUCCUGUCGCGGUACCAGGGACUCGACGGGGAGGAUGGUGGCAGGAAGAACUGCUUUGGGCGAAGCGGCAGGCCCCUGCACAUCCGGGUCCCCGUGGGCACACUGGUGAAGGAGGGGAGUGAAGUCCUGGCUGACCUCUCGCACCCGGGCGAUGAAUACAUCGCAGCUCUGGGCGGGACAGGAGGGAAGGGCAACCGCUUCUUCCUGGCCAACGACAACCGCGCACCCACGACUUGUACCCCCGGGCAGCCCGGCCAGGAGCGCGUCCUCUUCCUGGAGCUCAAGACAGUGGCCCAUGCUGGGAUGGUUGGGUUCCCCAACGCAGGGAAGUCCUCACUUCUCCAGGCCAUUUCCAAUGCGAAGCCCGCAGUGGCUUCCUACCCGUUCACGACCCUAAACCCCCACGUCGGGGUCGUUCACUACGAGGACCACCAGCAGAUCGCAGUGGCCGACAUCCCCGGCCUCAUCCGUGGUGCACACCAGAACAGGGGCCUGGGCUUCGCCUUCCUCCGGCAUAUCGAGCGCUGCCCCUUCCUCCUGUUUGUGGUGGACCUCUCGGUGCCGGAGCCCUGGACGCAGGUGUACGACCUCAAGCAGGAGUUGGAGAAGUACGCAGAAGGCCUGUCCCGCAGGCCUCAUGCCAUUGUGGCAAAUAAGAUCGACCUCCCUCAGGCCAGGGCCAGGCUGCCCCAGCUGCGGGCCCGCCUGGGCCAGGGGGCCAUCGCUCUGUCUGCGGCCACCGGGGAGAACCUGGAGGAGCUGCUGCUGCGUCUGAAGGAGCUGCACGACGGCCAUGUGGCCGUGGGGCUGGAGCUCGGCCACCAGCCGCUCCGCUGGUAGCGCUAGGGGGUUGCUGGGGCCUUCGCCCACCCAGGCCACCGACUGGGAACGCACAGCACUGGGUGGAGAUGAGAAAGGUGCUUCAAAGACUCGGAGGUGUUGGUGCAUCCGCCUUCCCGCCAGCCUGGGGCUCCCCCCACCACCGCGCCCCUGCCCUGGGCCCCCGCUAAUUGGCAGGGACCACACAGCUGGCUGGUGUUGCCGAAGCUGCCGAGUGCACAGAAGACAGCCCAGCGGACAAAGCCGCAUUCCCAACAUUGGCCCGGGCGGUGGCAGCUAUCACAGAGGUUGACACACCCCGCGGAGCGCAUUUCGCCCUGAUGCUCGUCUGCUGCAUGAGGCUGGAGGACAGGGAGUGUUUACUGGCGCUGAGCGCUGAAGGUGCGGGAGCGCCGUCUGAAGGCAGCGACAGGGCCACCCCCACCCCCACGUUGUCCCCACGGCGCUGCACUCCGCGCAAGCCAGGCUUCACGACUGAAUGCUCCCAAUAUCCGACCCAGGGACACUGACCUGCUCAGUAGGAGCGAGCGGGUUAUUAGCUGCGGGCAGGGAGUCGAGCUCCGUCUCCCGUGGUGGCUGGAGUGGCGAGAAAGCACAGGCGCCAUCUCCCAGAGAUGCUGUGGGGCUGGAUUUGUGCUCCACUGUCCUUGUGACCUGAAGAGAAUGCUGGCCCUGGCCCCACUGACCGCUCCGGUGGUUCAGAGAACCCCUGGGUCUUCCAGGUCAGAUUUACCUCACGGCCAGAGUGACGGCAACUGCGAGGCUGCCGCGUGGCUCCAGGCCUUGACGGGGCCGCCGCUGUGUCCUCGUGUCCCCGUGUCCCCUGACUGCACAGCAGCUGCCGGCCUGCAGGUCCAGUAAAAUAGUCCAGGACUUCUGUUUCCCCCAAAUAAAGUCUGCUGCCUCUGA